CCCCCGCAAUCGCCUCAAUCUCCCUUCCAUCACCACAACUACCACCACCAACAACCAUCUUCUUCUGCUCGCAUUCCCAUACACAACCACCAUGGCAUCCCUCCUCAAAAAACCAUUGAAGCUUGCUCUCGUGCAACUAGCCUCGGGCGCCGAUAAGGCCAUGAACCUCGCCCACGCUCGCAGCAAAGUCCUGGAGGCCGCCAAAGCUGGCGCCUCUCUCAUCGUCCUUCCGGAAUGCUUCAACUCACCCUACGGCACCCAGUUCUUCCCUAAGUACGCUGAGACCCUGCUUCCAUCGCCGCCCACCAAAGAACAAUCCCCUUCCUACCAUGCGCUCUCCGCCAUCGCCGCCGAGGCCAAAGCCUACCUCGUGGGGGGCAGCAUCCCGGAGCUGGAGCCCACCACCAACAAAUACUACAACACCUCCCUGGUCUUCUCUCCCUCCGGAGCCCUGAUCGGCACCCACCGCAAGACCCACCUCUUCGACAUCGACAUCCCCGGCAAGAUCACUUUCAAGGAGAGCGAGGUCCUCAGUCCCGGCAACCAGCUGACCGUGGUCGACCUCCCGGACUACGGCAAGAUCGGGCUCGCCAUCUGCUACGACAUCCGCUUCCCGGAGGCGGCCAUGAUCGCGGCCCGGAAGGGCGCCUUCUUGCUCGUGUACCCCGGCGCGUUCAAUACGACCACCGGCCCGCUGCACUGGUCGCUGCUGGCUCGGGGCCGUGCCGUCGACAACCAGGUGUACACGGCCCUGUGCAGUCCGGCCAGGGACCUGGAGGCCUCGUACCAUGCGUGGGGACACAGUCUGAUCGUCGACCCCAGCGCGAAGGUGCUGGCCGAGACGGAGGAGAAGGAGGAUAUCAUCUAUGCGGAUCUGGAUGACGAGACCAUCCAGAGUACGCGAAAGGGCAUCCCUAUCUACACCCAGCGGCGGUUUGACCUGUAUCCGGAUGUGAGUGCCGGGAGUGAGUAGAAAUCUUCUCCACAUUGAAUGUUUUGGCGAUAGCGGCGCUUGAUUCUUUUUACACAGGCAGAAUAGACGAGUGAUGAAUUCUCAGGCUGGCUUUG